UAUUUUAUAGAAAUAUCAAUGUGCAAAGUUUACAAUUUGGAUUUUAUUCUUGUACACUGUUCACAAUUCCAGGAAGACGAUAUAUUUCUUACUUAUUCAUAGAUGACGCUUGAUGGAGAUGACGUAAUGAGCAAGUAUUCUUACGGUUGGUUAUUUUCGGCUGUUACCGCAUUCGGAUUACUUCUAUUUCUCGCCUUUUCGUUUGCUCUCUUUCACCGACGGAUUAUGAUAAGGAGAAGGAAAGAAGCAGAAUACAGGCGGUUUUUCAAAUCUCUUCGACCGGAUCUUGACGUGCCUCACAAUAAGAGAAUAAGACCAAGGUUGACCGUUACUACGAGCAAUACAUUUGACACCUAUUCGUCUUAUAAAGAGGGAAAGACUGAUCAAUACAAUGAAGCGGUUAGAGAUAACUCUGCUGAUCCUGUGAAGAAAAGUUAUGAAAACAAUGAAAAUAAACAGCAAAUAUCCUAUGCCAGAUUAACCGUGAGACAACAAAAGGAUGAUUGUUAUGUAAAAAUGCAACCAGGAUUGUGUAAUAAAUGCAUGACCCCGGUCCAUCUGAUUAAGCAAGAUAACACACAAUCAGAAAUAGUCGGAGAGUCUAACACCGAUGAGAAUAACACAAGAAUGCAUCUGGCAGAUUCUUUUCGAGAAGUUCAUGAAGGAAAACAGUUGCAGAUAUCUAAGAACACUGAUAAAGGUAUAGAUAAUCAUUAUAAAAGCACACCGAAUAUGAAUCAAAAUGAUAGAACAAAUGUUUUGAAAACUCGGGAUGAUUUUACCGAGAAGAAUACGCAACACAGCCAGGAGAUCAAGUCAAUAACAGCAUUGAAACAAAAGUCAGUCAAACGGAAGAAAAAGAAGCGCGGAUUGCUUAGCCGAAUUUCAAAUACAAGAAACACUACUUCUUUAGUUGAAGGUAAUAUCAAUACAUCUUUUUACUGCGGUGAGUCAAGGAGAUAUGCUGAACCCUUUGUUGUUCUAUGUAAUGAAGCUACCGCUGAUCAUGUGGAUGCAAAACGUGUUACAAAUCAGAGUAAACAAAUAUAUAAUCCAUAUUAUACUGACAUAGAUAUGCCUAUAAAAAGAACUAAAAAGGGAAAAGCACGAACCGUCGAAAAUGGGAGUGAAAUAGAUAUUUACAAAGAAUGUAAUUAUAAUUAUCAAGAAACAUCGUUGCCUGCAAAUUAUAGUGCUAAACCGCACAUGCUAACGAACUCAUGGAUGUAAAUUCGAAUGGAAACGUAUAACAGAUUCUCUAAUAUAUCUUGCGUUGAAGAAAUGAGUCAUGUUAUAUUGUACACUAAAUGUUAUCCCAGAGCAAACAAAAAACCGUUUAUUCAUCAAACAUCAAGUGAAUAUACUAAUUUACAGCAUUUUACAACGAUAUUCAAGAUUCAUCAGUUGAUGAAUAAUAAAUUGUUAUAGUGGUAAUCCGGUUUUUUUGCAACAUCACAUACAUACUCGUAGAUUAGAAUUGAAAUGAGCAAUCAUUUGACUGAAUCCAGAUAAAUUCGACCAAUUAGGAGAGUUGACAGUCCUAGGCAUUGACCUUCCAGGAAGCUAUCUGUAACACUCCCAACUUAGUCACGACAAAUCAAGCCGACAUCACUGGUGCAGUCUUUAAUGGACUUGAGCUUGACCUGGCACAUGCCAUCUCCGCGACGCCUCGGAAGGGAUAGGCUUACCUUCAUCUUCCUGUCACAAAACAACAUUCAUGUCCAUCGCAUUCAGUGCCUUCAGAACUUUGAUUUUAUAUAGGAUGGGACAUCUUCAAAGACCUCUUAUACUGAGUUCGACCUAUUGGAAUUUUGUCAAAGUACAUUUGUACAUAUUUGCCUAUUUUGGAAUUUACACGAAAACAGACUGUUGAGGAGGAAGGAAUCAUGUAUCAUAAGAUAAAUGUACAGAUUAUUCUACCGUGAAAUGUUCGAAACUGUCACUUGGAAUAUUGCCAUAUGAUUUUUUAUUUGUUUGGGUCGUCAGACCAAACAAAUAAUGGUAGCGAAAUUUCAGACUCUUAUGCUGUUAAUUUGCAAAUCCCGAAAGUAGUCCGCUUUUUUUGAAGCGGUUACUUCCCUUUCAGUGCCUUCAGGGGAAAAAUUCAGGGGAGAUCACUGCGUCAAGCUGGUCAAAUGACAGGCGCAUUAAUUUUCAAGCAAAAUAAUUCCCGAAUGGUCGAAGAUUUCUAAUAUUGUUUUAUUCUUUAUAGAUAUACAUACUUAUAGUAAGCUCCAUGAUUAUUUACAUCUGUGUUAAACAACAGUUAGCGUCGUUACAAACCCUAAUUUAGAAUAAUAUGGUUUUCUUCAGGCCGUUAACAUAAUUUAAAAUUCACCGUGGCCGAGGGGUUUGCGCGCUCGCUUAGAAGGCGAGAGGUCUGGAGUUCAAAUCCUAGUUAAGGCAACUCAUUUUUUUUCAAAUUGUUUAAGUCAAAUAAACAUGGGAUUGAAUAUCAGUGUUGCAAUUAGUCUUAUAGACAAUUUACUACAAUUAAAACGCUGGAAAGCAUUAGUGGCACUGUGGUUUAUAAUCUCACAACCUUCACCUUUCUGACAUUCUGAGACCCAAACAAAUUCAACGCCUUCUGUGCUUUGAUUCUAAUAGAGUUAUGCAUGCAAUGAAUCAAAGGGAAACAACUUAUUAACAUUAAGUGCCGGAAGAUAUCGACAGUUACUUUUUUUCUUAGCAAUUCAUUUAGCCAUCUAUUCUUAAGUAUUAUAAUAUGCAUGUACUCAGUUAAAUAUUUACAAAGAACAAAAGGACUAUUCGUAUAUUUGUAAUAAAAUUACAAAAGAUGUAUUUUAUUUUAUGUAAAAUACACAUAGACAGGAACUUUGUAUUCUUCUUUCAUGUGAGGAGCUAUCCAGCUUACCUAAGGAACGUCGGUGCA